CGUGUGGUCAUGUCGGUGCUGGACGGGAGCGCGCACGUUUGCGGUGUAAUCCAGGCAGCCUCGGUGGACGCGUCCGUUCUCGGCAUCGCACCCAUCGUCAUAACAAUGGAGACGGCGUCGGCCAUCAGCGAGCAAGUCGUCACGAGCCAAACGAGCGACUACGAACAGCCCGCCGCGCAGCUCGUCGACGCCGAGACGCUCGUUCACGCGCAGAACAUCGCUCCCGAGCCGAUAACCGAAGAGACGAUCGCGCCGGAGGAGAUCGGCAUUGCGCGGGCCCCCGAAUGUCUCACAACAGUCACCCAAAGGUCUGCGCAUCCGGGGUCCGGGCAUCCGGGGCCUUCAGUUGCGACGGCGGGAAGAACGCACGACGAUGCAACGUCGACGACUCCAGUGAGCAAAUCGACAGGUUCGAGCGGUAAAGCGAUCAACCGACCGCACGAGUGUAAGAUCUGCGGCAAACGACUGACGGCGAAGAAGCACCUCGUCACACACAUGCGCCGUAUCCAUGACAAACUCAAGCCCUACGAAUGUCCCGUAUGUAAACGCUGUUUCGCCGCCAACGGCGACCUGACGCGCCACAAGUCGACCGUCCACGUCGUCGACCGUCUCUUCCAGUGCCUGACGUGCAACAAGGCGUUCAAGACCGACGAGCUACUCCGGAAGCAUUCGCGCGAGGUGCACACCGACGACCGACAGCACAGAUGCGAGGACUGCAAGAAAGCCUACAAGACGGACCGCUCGCUGCGCAAGCAUCUCGGCAUCGUACACGGCCAGCCGACGUUCAGCUUCCAUCAAUGUCCCGACUGUGGUGUGCGCGUGUCUGGACAGCGAGCCCUCGACGAGCACAAGUCGACUGUGCAUGACAAGCUGGUGCCGCAUCAGUGUGAGGACUGCGGCCGGAAGUUCAAGCGGAAGUCGCAGGUCAAUCGGCAUAAGUUGUCGGUGCACGCUAAGGAUAAGCCGCACAAGUGUGCGAAGUGUGAUAAGGCGUUUGCUGUGAAGACGUAUCUGACGAGGCAUGUGAUGAGUGUGCAUUGGAAUGGGGAUGUUGAGGGGUCGCGUGGUGGUGGUGGUGGUGGUGGUGGUGGUGAGGGUGGGGAGGGGAUGGAGGAGGGGGAGGAGAAUGAAGUCGGAGCGCAGUUUGUCGAGGGGCAGGAGAAUCAGGAGAAUCAGGAGGAAGGAAGCUCGGCCGUCCCCAGCUCGGGAGAAUCUUCAACUCCCACUCAACGUCAUCCCUUUGCUUCUCAUCCGUGCGAAGACUGCAACAAAGUCCUUAAAUCCAAAGAGCUGCUACGUCAACACCAAGCUGUCGUUCACGGAAAAGGCAAAUUCCACCAAUGCAACGACUGUGGCAUCCGCGUACGCGGACAGUCAGCACUGCAAGAGCACCAGAUGGCCGUACACGGCAAACAGAAACCGAACGAGUGUCCCGACUGUGGCAAGUUUUUCACACGAAAACGUGACGUGAAACGACAUCAAAUGAUCGUCCACUUGAAGAAGAAGCCACACCAAUGCGACACGUGUGGCAAGAUGUUCUCCAGGAAAGCAGAUUUGAUCAAACACGAACGCUUGCACGGCACUGACAGUGCUGCCGAUGCUACUGCUGAUGCUGCUGACGAGUCGUCGGAAGAUGCUGCGAAGAAGUCGGGUCCUGUAGCUGAGGAAGUCACACGAUCGAUGGAAUCGUUGGUUGAUCUGUUGGUUUUGGCAAGUGAGAUAAAUGCCGGGAUUGGGGCCGUUAGUGUGCCGAUGACUGAGGGUUUGCUGCAGUUGCAGAACGCUGUGCCCGGACAUCAGGAGGAGGUUACGUUGGAAUCGGGUGUGCAGCCUUCUGCAGGGGAGCAUCAGACGUCAGCAGCUAAUGCAACAGACGAAGUCCACAAUGAAGACCAACAGCCGGAUCCGAUGGAUACGAGAGAAGGAACUCAAGACGGAUCAACAACAAGCAAACCUGAUGGAGAUGGCACUGAUGAACCCGACAAGAUGGACACCACAAACGACCAACUCGUCAACGACGAUCGACCGAAGACGAGACCUCUUUUGCAAUGCCCCGAGUGCAGAAAGACAUUCAAAGCGAAAGCCGCUCUUGUCGAACAUCUCGCCAUCAAACACGGCAAAGGAAAGUUUGAGCAAUGCAUCGAGUGUGAUCACCGCUUCAUCGAUCAGACGGCUCUCCAAGAGCACCAGAAGUCUGUUCAUGACAAGGAGAAGGAGAACAAGUGUGAAGAGUGCGGGAAGAUGUUCUCGCGGAGUCGAGAUCUGAAGCGGCACGUCACAGCCACGCAUAAUAGGAGGAGGGCGCGUAAGUCUGGUAUUGAUGACAACUCGGGCAAAACGAAUGAUGCUGAGGAUGCGGAGACGACUGGCGACGUUCAGAAAGAUUCUGGAGAUUUGGUGACAUCGCAACAGACAACACCACAAGGCUUGACCCGCACUGAGUCAGUUGAUUCAAUGGACACAAUUGAAGGCUCCGAUGAAGAUGUCACAACUCAACAAGAGGAAGACCAAAUGGACACGGCUGAUGCCAAUCAGAAACAAGACGACAACACAUUGGGCCCACCAUUCGUCUUCCGUUCCACACCGACCGACAAGGCAUCACGAAAGUCAAUGGGCAGUGACAUCCUGAAGAAGGUGAGACGAGCACCUCUCAAGGAGAGAGACACAUCACCCAGUCGAAGCAAGAAAGCGACUCGACUCGAGAACAUCGCGUUGUCAUUGGCUCAAAAUCAGAAAGACGCCAAUACCGAACAAUAGUAACUCAACGUCUGUGUGUGUGUGUGUGUGUGUGUGUGUGUGUGUGUCAGGUGUUUGUCCAUUAGUGUUUAGUGUAAUACGACCGGCUGAAUUUGCCGUUUCCUUCUUGUACGUUUUUGACUUACUUGACUGCUGAUGCAGCGGCGACUGAGAGAUCUGGGGGCUUGUCGGUCUCUCUGCUGAGCUGAUUGUAACAUUAUUGAUGUCUUUUACUUUUGUUGUGAGCGUAGGAUUUGAUGAUGUGAUGUAGACAUUAGAAGGCAAAAUGGAGAUCAUAUGCAUACGU